UGACAUGCGUAUUGAAAACUUCCGAUGUAAACAAAACUGGGAAGCAUGACAACUGUCAAAUUUACAAGAAGUUUGUUCAAUUUGACAUCACGCAGACAUUUUCUUAGCACAGCCAGAUUCAUCCAUUAUGUCCAGGGACAGUCCCCUGAACCGAAAAUCAGAGAAUACUUUUACUUUAUUGAUCAUCAAGGACAGCUUUUCCUGGAUGAUUCCAAAAUGAAGAAUUUCACUUCCUGUUUCAAAGAGAAGGCCUUUCUUGCAUUCUUCUUCUCUCGGCUGAAGAUGAACGAGACUGAUCGCUUCCGAGAGGAAUUUCCUUAUCUGUCCCCGUGUGGUCGAGAGAGGAACUUCAUUCGAUGUGAUGACAAACCUGUAGUCUACACCAAAAUCCUCCCUUCCCGACAAGCAGAUGGGUCCAGCCUCCUCUCCUAUGGGGGUGCUGGAGAGUUACUGACUGUGCGCUUUGAACCAGAGAAAGUAUGCAUGCUACCUUCCAGUGGGAGAGUCUACCAUCCUGCAGCCCCAGUAAUUGGGGGCGUAGGAUUGAUCAAAUCCAGCCUUGCCAUCGAAUUAAGUCGAGACUUUGAGUUUGAAAAAGGGGAAACUAAUCCUCCGACUCAUUUUACAUGGAAGGGUGUCCGACUGGAAUUGACCAAUGAGCUGCUUUCUCUAAUGGGGGAAAGCCAGUAGGAAAAUAUUUUCCAUACUCAGAGUACCGUAUUUCCUCUGUUAAGAGACUGGGCCCAUAUUAACUUUACUAUCAGACCCGGCUUGUAUCAGAGGCUGAGGAGAAGGUGUCUAGUUGUCUUAUAAAGGUCAUUCUCUUUGCUGUGCUGAGUUGCGUCCCUGAAGCAUGCCAGAAAUCUGUCAUUGUGGGUUUGAAUCACGGUUUGUCCUAUUUAUGUUUCUAGGUUUGUCAGCACCCAACCCAUGCUCAUCGGUUUCACCUAAAUGGUAAACAUCUAAGACCUCAUAACUUACCGCUUACGGCUUUCCUCCGCAUCAAGCUGACAUGCCAUCAUAUGACUGCAAAGCUGUUCAAAGUGACGUUAAGUCGAACUCACUCACUCGUUCAUAUCAGAGGCAGAGUGCCAGACCUUAUUGAUUCUAUGUCGGCUUGGUUUAAAAACCUUAUGGCAUUCAAUUGUAAUGGGGAGAAAUAAUUAGCUUGGUCAUCUUAUCUGUAAACAUUGGCUGCAAUAGAGGCUGGCUUUUAACAGAGGAAAUACGGUAUGAUACUCUCCGCUCCAAUAAGUGCACCCUUGUUUUGAGAACCACAUUUCACGUAUUACUGCCACUGCUUGACACAAGUUUGUUACAAAGAAACCUUGUUAGUCCACACACCCUGCUUUCUGGAUGAUUGAGCAUGUACCCUUUUGCUAACCCCGUGAAGAUCUAGGUUAGAAUUUGUCUCCAGCAACCCAUGCUUGUUGCAUGAGGUGACUGAUGGGAUUGCUGACUUGGUUGAUGCUUGUCAUUGUAUCCCUAUUGUGUAGAU